AUGAAUCAAAAUGCACAAUAUGAGAAUACUUAUAAUCCCAGCUGGAGAAACCACCAGAAUUUCUCAUGGGGUGGAAAUCAGGCUAGUCAAAAUCAAUACAGACCCCAAGGAAACUAUAAUCAGCUCGAAAGUCCACCACAACAGAGGCAAAUUGGGCAGUUGGCUGCACAACAAAAUACCCGGCCAACAGGGGCCCUUCCAAGUGAUACAGAUAAGAAUCCUCAGGUGAAUGUUGUAACCUUUAGGAAUGGAAGAGAAUUAGAAGAAGUACCAAAAAUAAAGAAAGAAAAAGUCACUCCUAAGGGAAAACUAGUUCCUCAAACUGUGGUGGAAACUGAGAAAGAAAUUGAAGAAAGUGAAAAAACUCCAAUUGCAAGGCCACCACCUCCUUUCCCACAAAGAUUAAAGAAGAAAAGUGAUGACGGGAUGUUCAGUAAAUUUUUUGAUACGCUGAGCCAAAUUCAACUGAAUAUCCCAUUGUUUGAUGUGUUACGUGAAAUCCCAAAAUAUGCUAAGUACAUCACAGAUAUUGUGGCUAACAAAAGGAGGUUGACAGAGUUUAAAAGGGUUGCACUUACUGAGGAAUGCAGUGCUAGAGUACAGAGUAAGCUCCCGCCUAAGUUAAAGAAUCCAGGUUGUUUUACAAUCCUCCUGGCGAUUGGAAAACACGUGGUUGGUAGAGCCUUGUGCGAUCUGCGAGCAAGCAUUACUUUGAUACCACUAUCAAUGUUCAAGCAGCCCGAUCUUGGAGCCGCCAGGCCUACUACUAUAACUCUACAGCUAGCAAACUGGUCAUUAGCAGUGCCUGAAGGAAUUAUUGAAGAUGUGUUGGUGCGAUUAGGGAAGUUCAUCUUUCCCGCAGAGUUUAUUAUUCUUGACUAUAUGGCUGAUGACGAGGUCCGCCUACGUAUGGGAGGGAGAGCUACUAGCCCAGACUCUCCGCGCCAGGAGAGUGGACGACGUGUGAGAUUUUAUCAAGGACAGAGUUCUCCAUCCUCGUGUAGUCCAGCGCCUGCGGGAUACGAGCUUCUACAGGAUUUUUGA